GUUCCUCAUCGUCACUCCUGGUCUUCCUGGGUUCCUCAUGCACUCCCUGACUUCCUGGAGCCUGUUCCUCUUCCUGCCACCCAGCAUUACCUGUGUUGUAGUCAUUAAACUACUUUCUUUAGCUCCCACUCCUCCUUACAUGUGAGGUCCACACCACACUCACAUGUAACAGAAUGAACCAGCCACACAAGACCCCAGCAGACACCCGCCGGGAGCUGGGGGGCCUCGUGUGGGUGAAGACAUGCUGCGCUCACUUAGGGAGGCCCCGUCCUGUGAGUACCUACAUCCCCAGGCGAGCCCCAGUCCUGCUGCUGCCAGGCCUUCUCCUUCUCAGACCCCCUGGCCUGUCUAUCCCUCCAUGCGAGUGGGCGUUCUGACCAUAUUCCAGUGCCCACCACUUUUGGCUCCUCACCUUUUUUGGUACCAGGCUGGCCCUCUGUCCUGGAGGUCCUGGAGCAGGGAAGAGUAGGAGGAGGGGUAGACGCCAGCCAGCUCCCCAGCAGCCACAGCCUCAGCCCCGGCUGGCUCCCUAGUCUGGUCACAGUGGCAUCCCUGCUGACUCCCCGUACCCCUGGUGUGCCGACGAUAGCGUCCCCGCUAGGGCCCAAGACAGUCAGUAUGCCAAUGCCACCCCAGUUCCAGUACCUGGUCCCGAACGGAUCAGCCGGCCGCCUCAGCCAGUCCCAGAGAUGCAGUCUCCACAGGCCCUCCCCUCCGGUCUGGGCACAGUGGUGUUCCCGCUGACUCCCUAAAACCCAGGUGCACCAACAAAGAUGUCCCCGCCAGGCCCCGAGCCAGUCAGUGUGCCGACGCCACCUUGGUGUCUGUCCCUGUGUCCGUUCCAGGUCCUGUUUCCAAGUGGGUCGGCCGGUGCGUUGAUACCGCCUUAGUGCCGGUGCCAGCAUCUGUGCCCGACCAGCAGCUCCACUUCCUGCAGCAGCAGCAGCCUUUGCCUGUUCCCCAGCUGGAGAAUGGUGAUGUCCCCUCUGAUGCCAGGGGGCCCGGGUGUGCCAACAAUAGUGUCCCCGCCAGGGCCCGGCUCGCUCAGUGUGCUGAUGGUGAGCCGCCAGCCAGGGCAUUUGCUGCUGUUACUGUUCCUGUCCCUGAGCGGGGUCGGUCGACACGCCAACACAGCCUUCAAGCCUGUUCCUGUUGCUGUCCCUGAGCGGGUUGGCCGGGGCACCAAUGCUGCCUUCAAGCCUGUUCCUGUCCCUGUCUCUGGGCGGGUUGGCUGGCGUGCCAAUGCCACCUUCGAGCCAGUUCCUGCCUUUGAGUGGGUCGGGGACAAUGCCACUUCCCUGCUCCUGGUUUUUGAGGGGGUUGGCAACGAUGCCAUUCCCCUGCUCCUAGCCUUUGAGGGGGUUGGCAACGACGCCACUCCCCUGCUCCUGAGUGGGUUGGAAACGACGCCACGCUCCUGCUUCCUGAUCCCGUGUGGGUUGGCAACGAUAGUACUCCGCUCCUUCCAGCUCCAGAGGGGUGGGUCGACAGUGGCGCCACCACUCCGCUCCUUUCAGCCCCAAUGGGGUGGGUCGACGACAACUCCACCCUGCUACCAGCUCCAGAGGGAUGGGUCAACGGUGACGCCACCACUCCGCUCCUUUCAACCCCAGUAGGGUGGGUCGAUGACGACGACUCCACCCUGCUACCAGCUCCUGAGGGGUUCGCUGGCCCCGCCACCCUGCUACCAGCUCCAGAGGGGUUUGCUGACGAUGACGCCGCCCUGCUUCCUGCUCCAGAGGGGUUUGCUGACGCCAACGCCCUGCUUCCUGCUCCAGAGGGGAUCACCAAUGCUGCCUCAGUUCCUGAUCCAGUUCCUGGUCCCGAGUGGGUUGGCUGGUACGCCAAUGCCGCGUCAGUUCCAGUUCCUGGUCCCGAGCGGGUCGCCUGGUACGCCAACGCCACGUCAGUGCCAGUUCCUGGUCCCGAGCGGGUCGGCAAAUGCGCCAACGCCCCCUUUGCUCUGGUACCUGUUUGACUGCAUCAAGGCCGUCCUCUGGAGCGGCCUCUCCGCGGCCUCUCCGCGGCCCUGUCUGGCAUUGAGGCCGCCCGCAGGUCGGUUCCUGCGACUUAGGUCAUUUUUCUUUGUUUGGACAAUGUGUCCAGUCCAGCAUUUUUUGGCUGGUCGUUUUAUGUUUACAUUCUCACCGCCCGGACUUGGUGUUCCUGGCCUAUGACUGUCUGUUAUCAUUUUGGUGCCCUCCUUCCGGGCCCCUGCCUCCCUCUCUAUACAGCCCUGUUGUGGUUUUGUUUUGUUUUUGGGAUGUCUAGCAGCCAUCCUUGGGGGGGGGUACUGUUAUGGUUUUACGAGGAUCUGCUUCCUGGAUUUAUGUUUGUUUACCUGUGCUCUCCCUGCUGCUACGUCACCACAAUUAGUCACCAUGUCGUUCACCUGUUGAUCCCCGGUCCAGUCCCCUGCGGUUUCUCUCUGCAAUCAGCCAUCAUUUCUCCCACCUGCUGCUCAUUGUCUCCCGGUCUUGUCAGGUAUAUAUACACCCUGUCUUCCACCGCCUCUUUACUGGUUCAUACGAUACAUUACCCUACGUUUAUGCUACGCUACGAUACCAUAGUACCAUGCGUGCGUGUCAUGAGCUUGCCUUUUUCUUUGUCUCUGUGUUCCGGUCUUGGUCCUGCUCCAUCGUUUCUGUUAACUUCUGCAAACUCAGCAGCCCCACGUACCCUACGCCUGGUCAGUCAGCCACCGUCGCUGUUUUUGUUUUAUCUUGCUACCACUCAGGCCACCAGAUCUACAUAUCCCAGCUUACCUGAUAUCCUGCUGCCGGUUCUCCUGUUUGUCUUCUGGUU